AUCCUCCUGCUGCUGCUGCUGCUCCUGCUGCUGCUGCUGCCUCAGCCGGCAGAGUCCUGCGGACCUGGUAGCUUGAACGGGGGCCAGCGGCGCCCGGCGCGCAAGCUGACGCCGCUCGCCUUCAAGCAGUUCGUGCCCAACGUGGCCGAGAGGGCGCUGGGCGCGAGCGGCCGCUACGAGGGGAAGAUCGCACGCGGCUCCGAGAGGUUCCGGGAGCUGACGCCCAACUACAACCCCGACGUCGUGUUCAAGGACGAGGAGGGCACCGGGGCCGACCGCCUCAUGACGCAGCGCUGCAAGGAGCGCCUCAACUCGCUCGCCAUCUCCGUGAUGAACACGUGGCCCGGCGUGAAGCUGCGCGUGACCGAGGGCUGGGACGAGGACGGCCACCACUCGGAGGAGUCGCUGCACUACGAGGGGCGCGCCGUGGACAUCACCACGUCGGACCGCGACCGCGACAAGUACGGCACGCUGGCACGCCUCGCCGCCCAGGCGGGCUUCGACUGGGUCCACUACGAGUCCAAGUCGCACGUGCACUGCUCCGUCAAGGCCGAGAACUCCAACAUCGCGGCGGCCAAGGGCAGCGAGGGCUGCUUCCACGGCGACGCGCGGCUCUUGGUGGAGGGCGGCGGCUCCAAGAGGCUGCGCGACCUGCGGGCCGGCGAGCGCGUCCUGGCGGCGAGCGGGCCCACCUCGCCGCCCGCCUACAGCGACCUCCUCCUCUUCCUCGACCGCGAGCCCCGCCAGCGGCGCCGCUUCAUCACCCUGGAGACGGAAGGCGGCGGCCGCCUCCUCGUCACCCCGUCGCACCUCGUGUUCGCCCGCGCGCUGGGGUCGUACGCGCCGCUCACGCACCACGGCACGGCGAUCGUCGACGGGCUGCUGGUGUCGUGCUACGCGGCCGUCGAGACGCACGGCCUGGCUCACGUCGCCUUCGCGCCGCUCCGCACGGCCCACGAGCUCAUGCGGGGCCUCGGGAUACAUUCGCGCAGCAGCAGCAGCGGCGGCGACGGCAAUAGCAGCGGGCAGCGGCAGCAGCAGUAG